UCAAUAGUGUUGUUCUCGUUGACAAGAUAAUGACGAAUGAAAUAAAAAUCACUGUGAAAUGGAGCGGCGAAGAAUAUCCUAUCACAGAUAUCGAGGAAAAUGAUACAGUUCUUUCCUUGAAAGAAAAGAUUGAAAAUUUGACCGGUGUUAGACCAGAAAGGCAAAAAUUACUUAAUCUCAAAUUUAAAGGAAAAGCUGCACAAGACUGUGAUAUAAUAAGUAAAUUAGGAUUGAAACCUGGAUUCAAACUCAUGAUGAUGGGUUCUCGAGAAGAAGAUAUUGCAGAAGCAAGUCAAGCACCAGAAAAUAUGCCUGAUGUUAUCAAUGAUUUAGAUAUUGAAGAAGAAGAAGUAGAAAUUGAGAAAGCUGAAAUUUAUUUAGCCAAAAUUCAGAAAAGAAUUGAAACUUAUGAAAUCAUAGAAUUGAAUCCAUUGCGAGAAGGCAAAAAGUUAUUGGUACUUGACAUUGAUUAUACACUUUUUGAUCAUAGAUCUGUAGCAGAGACAGGACUUGAAUUAAUGCGACCUUUUUUACAUGAAUUUUUGACAAGUGCUUAUAAAAACUAUGACAUAGUAAUUUGGUCUGCUACAAGCAUGAAGUGGAUUAAUGAGAAAAUGAAACUUUUAGGAGUUUCAACUCAUCCAGAUUACAAGAUAGCUUUUCAUUUAGAUUCAUUAGCCAUGAUUUCUGUACAUACUCGAAAAUAUGGUGUUGUUGAUGUCAAACCCUUAGGAGUUAUAUGGGGAAAGUACAAACAGUUUUCUGCUAAAAACACAAUUAUGUUUGACGAUAUAAGGAGGAAUUUUAUUAUGAAUCCUCAAUCAGGACUUAGAAUAAGAGCUUUUCGUCAAGCUCAUUUAAAUAGACAUAAAGACACAGAAUUACUCAAAUUGGCAAAAUAUUUAGAACUCAUUGCACAGUUAGAUGACUUUCAAGUUCUCAAUCACAGAAAAUGGGAAGAAUACAGAUCAAAAAAAAGCAAAAGUAGCAGAAGAACUGAUAAUGAAGAAGCCCAUCCUCAUCAAGCAUAAGUCUGAUUAUUUCUCAAAUCAUAUUUUAGAAUAAUCUAAUUUUUUCACGUAUAAUUUAUUAUAACUAUUGAGUAUAAUGAAAAUUUCAUGAGACUUCUUUAAACAUUAAUUUUUCCAAACAGAUACAAGAGUUUAUGUUUGUGUGAAAUACCAGUAUUUUUUAUAUACAGAAUUAUAUUCUUAAUUCUAAAUUAGACAUCUAUACAUUGAUUAAAUUUGUUAAUGCAACUUUCAA